AUGCCGCCCCUCGAGCGUCGCUCCGCCGACCUCUCGUUACAAGGCACUGUAGCGAUCAUCAUUCUCGUUAUCAUAUUUCUUUCCGGCAUCUUCUGCACGAUCAUUUUCUUCAAAAUAUGUAGCAAACAGCGGAGGCGCGAAAGGGCUAUGCGCAGGAUGCAGGAAGAGCGCACGCCAUUCGUAGGGGCUCAAUACAUUGCGCCGGCAGGUGCGCCAAGCAAUGAUCAGGAACCUCUACCGGCAGAGCUGCAUAACGAACAACAAUACGGAUACACCGGGCCGCUAGAGUUGCAGGGAACCGGGAGACUUGAGCCUCUGCCAGCGCAACAGCUGGAUGGGUAUAUGGCAGCACCAAAAUUCGAUGACAGCAAACCCGUUGAACUACCUGCGAAUUUUUACUCUCGACAACAAAUCAAUACCAGGCCUGCAAACAACAGGGAUCUCAUUGACGCCAGCAACAUCCCCAUUUUCGACCCCAUGGAUCCCAUCACUGGCAAUACGGUAUCCGCCGACGGAGACAGCAACAUCACAGAUAAUAUUCGAAUGGAGGGCGGAGAAGCUCCGAACAACGAGGCGGAUGGCGAAGCGGAGAACUACAUCAUUGAUGACACCCCACAUUGUCCGUCUUCUAAGUCUAUCGGUCUUUUCUGGGGUGUUCUUUCGCCGGCUACACCAUUUACAAUCCAGUAUCUCCCAGACCCGGAUAUCCACUAUUGGAGUCUUUCCCUCAUCACAGCGCUAAACCGUCUAACGGACCUCACACGCAGCGCCCACAAGCGAGACGCGGUCUACUUUACGGUUAGACAUAUGAAUGAGAGGAAUGAGAUUUCCGGCAAUAACGUAGACGAAGACGUCUCAGUCUUGAUGGCGAUUGCAGGCGACUUUGUCAUUCGCCUUGAAGACGUAGAGUACAGCAUUCGAAAGAUGCGGAGCAGGGUCAAUAUCUAUCGCCCUGAUUAUCAAGGCCAAGGCCGAAGUCGGAGUCAUGGGCGUGGCAACUACGGCAGUGGUCGAGGCGGUCGUGGAAGUCGUGGUGGCGGACCGCGUGGACAUCAAGGUUGGGGGAUCUUCGUCAUCUGA